GUUAAAGCUCCUAGCCGCACCGACGCUGACACCGUCUGAAGCGUAACUGACAAGCAAGCCAUACAAAUGUACACACAUAUCUGUCUGUACUAUUUUCGAAAGUAGAAAUUUCACCUUGUCGUGCGGAGUAAAUUCUACAUUACAUGGAGAAAUAAUCGUUCAGGAAUCAUUGGAUGAUAUAUCUUGUGGCGACAAUUUCUGGACAGGAUAUGAAUUGAUUUCUCUACUGUGAACUACUGAGACACGAAGAUCGAGAACACGUGAAAAUUGUCAAAGAUUGUAAUCAUCUGCGGAGAAAUAUGUAGCGUCGGUUGCACGAUUGACUUGGCAACAGCGCUACUGGAAUUACGCACAACAGGUGGACGGUUGGAAGCCUGUGUUUUCGGUUGGAAAUUACAGAUUUGCGUUAGAUUUUCUUCCUUUUUUCCUGAGGGAUUUCUUCCCAAGUCUACAUGGCGAAGUUCAGCAGUAUCGUGUUUGGUGUCGUCAUUUCGCUUUCAAUGGUGUCUGAAGUCUUCUGUGUGGGAGAAUGUACUAACAGCAAUCCGUGUUCGAUAGGAACGUGUAGAGAGGUUUCCAGUGGAGGUUAUGUGUGUCUGUGUCCUAACGGCCAAAGGCACGGGACAAACUGUGAACAGACAUUACCAAAAACUCGGACGUGUGGCGAGAACUACUUCAGCAAUACUGGGACGAUUCAGUCACCGAACUAUCCCAACGACUACAAUCAAAAUGACUACUGCGUCUAUCUGAUUCAAGUGGUAGAAGCACAGAAGAUACAAUUCUCUAUCAGUGCCUUUCAGGUGGAAGUUGACGGCAAGGAUCCGUUUGAGUAUGGCAGUGGUUCCACCGUGGAUCCUAACCAAGCCAUUGCUCAAUUUGAUGGUAAUAGUGUUGAGACUCAACAAGCAAAUCUCCCUUAUACCUUUGAAGUCAGUGGCAAUCAGGCUUGGAUCUUAUUCACCACCGAUAGCAGCAACGAGUUUUUUGGCUUCAGCCUCACGUACAUGGCAGACUUGGAUGACUGCAGCAGUUUCCCCUGCCUUAACGGUGCUACGUGUACUGAUGCAGAAUUCACAUUCACAUGCAGCUGUGCAGCUGGUUGGCAGGGCGACACUUGUCAAAUGAAUAUUGACGAAUGCACCAGUAAUCCGUGUCAGAAUAGCGGCACUUGUGUGGAUGUAGUGAAUGGUUACGGAUGUCGGUGUGUGGCUGGAUACACCGGCUUGAACUGCGAAACAAAUUUGAAUGAGUGUGCUUCAGGACCCUGCCUAAAUCUAGGCCAGUGUAUGGACGGCAUCAACAUGUACACCUGUAACUGUGCUCCCGGUUACCAGGGAGACAGAUGCGAGAGUGAAAUCGAUGAGUGCAGCAGUGGCCCAUGUGAGAAUGGUGGACAGUGUAACGAUCGUAUCAACAGUUACGAAUGCGUGUGCGCUUCUGGUUGGUCAGGGUCGACUUGCACGGAGAAUGUUGACGAGUGCCUGAGCAACCCUUGUGCUAACGGAGCGACGUGUACAGACAUGGUCAACAGCUAUGUAUGUGCCUGUGUGCAGGGAUUCACAGGGCCUCGUUGCCAAACAAAUAUCAAUGAGUGCAUCAGUUUCCCGUGUCGUAACGGAGGAAAUUGCAUUGAUGGCAUCAACGGUUACACGUGCACCUGUCAACCAGGCUGGGAGGGAGAUACAUGCACAGUCGAUGUUGAUGAGUGUGCUAGUGGCCCAUGCCAGAACAGUGCUGCAUGCACUGAUCGCUUCAAUGGCUACGACUGUGUUUGUACUGGGGGCUGGCGAGGAGUUAAUUGUGAUAUUGACAUCAAUGAAUGCGCCAGUCAACCUUGUUUCAACGGAGGAAAUUGCAACAAUUUACAGAACAGCUACUCUUGUACCUGCACAUCUGGUUGGACAGGAACACAAUGCCAAACUGACGUUGACGAGUGUGCUUCAGACCCAUGUCUGAACGGUGGUCAGUGUCUGAAUGAGCGCAAUCAGUAUCGCUGCAAUUGCCAGCCCGGCUGGGAGGGAACCACAUGCAACUUGGAUAUCAAUGAGUGUUUGAGCAACCCAUGUGAGAAUGGAGGCGCUUGCCAGAAUCAGGAGAACGAGUUCAUCUGUGACUGUGCAGCAGGCUGGAUGGGGCCUCAAUGCCGACAGAACAUCAACGAGUGUGCAAGCACACCGUGUCAGAACAGCGGCAACUGCGUAGACCAAGUCAACGGUUACCAGUGUAGCUGCCGACCAGGCUUUGAGGGAACUCACUGCGAAACUGAUAUUAAUGAAUGUUUAAGCAACCCGUGUGCCAAUGGUGUCUGCUCUGAGCAAGUCAAUCAAUUCACAUGUGACUGCAAUGAUGGAUGGAGAGGCAUCAUGUGUGACAUCGAUAUCAACGAGUGUGCCAGCAACCCUUGCAGGAAUGGAGCCACCUGCAACGAUUAUGAAGCAUUCUAUAACUGCACCUGUGCACCUGGCUGGACAGGUGCUACAUGUGCAACAGACAUUGAUGAAUGUUUCAACCAGCCGUGCCAAACUGGUGCAACGUGCUUGAACCAGCUCAACCGGUACCAGUGCAUAUGUCCCCUUGGUAGGCUGGGUACCAACUGUGAAUUUGAUUACAACGAAUGCGACAGCAACCCGUGUCAGAAUGGUGCAACUUGCAACAACGGUCAGAACCAGUUUACAUGCACAUGCCUGCCUGGCUACACUGGCAUCUUAUGUCAUAUAGAAACUAAUGAGUGUGCCAGUCGUCCGUGCUUCAAUGGUGGCACAUGCGUGGAUGAUGUGAAUAGAUACACAUGCACCUGUGCUCCAGGAUGGACCGGUGAUCAUUGCUCUGUUGAUAUCAAUGAAUGCGACUCCAUGCCGUGUAUGAACAACGCCACUUGCCAAAACCUGCAGAAUGACUACAGAUGUGACUGUCUACCAGGCUACAACGGCAAGAAUUGUCAGACUGAUAUCAAUGAAUGUGCAAGUGGGCCGUGCCAGAACGUGGGUACAUGUACCAACAUGAUCAACGGUUACGUGUGCCAAUGCAGGGACGGCUAUGGUGGUAUCAACUGCGAGACAGAAAUUGACGAGUGUGCAAGCACUCCCUGCCUGAACGGUGCUGCGUGCAACAACGAAUUGAAUCGAUGGAAUUGUCUGUGUUUAUCUGGAUGGCAAGGAACCACUUGUGAACUGGAUGUGAAUGAGUGUGCCAGCAACCCCUGUCAGAACAACGGAACUUGCCUGAAUGACCGCAAUCAGUUUGUCUGUGAAUGUGAACCAGGCUACGGAGGAAUGCGGUGUGAAUCACAAAUUAACGAGUGUGCCAGUAACCCUUGUCAAAAUGGCGGCUCCUGCACUGAUUUGCUAGAUGGCUACACCUGUGCAUGUAUCGUUGGGUAUACAGGAGACCAGUGUGACUUAGAUAUUGAUGAGUGCGCAAGCAGCCCCUGCUUGGAUACAGCCACCUGCAUGAAUGGAUUGAAUAAGUAUACCUGCAUCUGUCCAUCAGGCUGGGAAGGAACUGACUGUAAACAAGAUUACGAUGAGUGUUUCAGCAACCCCUGCCAGAACGGAGGAGCGUGUGCCAAUGGACAGAACCAGUACACCUGCAGCUGUUUGGACGGCUGGAGCGGAGUCAACUGCAACACAAACAUCAACGAGUGUGCCAGUGCACCUUGCACUAACGGUGGGACGUGCAGAGACUUCACCAACUUUUACUCCUGCGAUUGUCGCGAUGGUUUCCAGGGUGCUAACUGUGAGAUUGAUUAUGACGAGUGCAACAGUCAGCCCUGUAAGAACGGAGGCUCCUGCUUUGAUCGAGCCAGCGGUUUUACAUGUGUAUGCCGAUCAGGCUGGUAUGGAACCACAUGUGACAUGGAAAUUGAUGUUUGUUUCAGUGAUCCAUGCCUCAACGGAGCAACGUGUCGUGCUCUCACAAGCGGCGUAGAGUGUCUCUGUGCCGAUGGUUACGAGGGAACGUUAUGUCAAACAAAUAUUGAUGAGUGUGCUAGCAGUCCCUGCCUGAACUCAGGUGUAUGUGCGGAUCUGGUCAAUAGCUACACUUGUACUUGCCGCUCAGGGUACGACGGUGACAACUGUGAAAACAAUAUCAACGAUUGCCAGCCCAAUUCUUGCGCCAAUGGCGGCCAAUGUGUGGAUAAUCUCAACUUCUUCACCUGCAACUGUCUGUCAGGGUUUAUGGGAGCUCGCUGUGAACAGAAUAUUGAUGAUUGUACAAGUAGCCCUUGUCAGAAUAAUGCAGUGUGCGUCGACCAAACGAAUGGUUAUAUCUGCCAAUGUCAACCUGGAUAUAGUGGGCAGAACUGCCAACAAGACAUUGAUGAGUGCGCCAGUAAUCCCUGCAGAAAUGGCGGAGACUGUUUCAAUCGUCCCAACCAAUUUAUUUGUGUCUGUCCUCCUGGUUAUAACGAUCCCACAUGCUCAACACAGAUCAAUGAGUGCGCCUCCGACCCGUGCUUGAACAACGGAGUGUGCCUUGACCGGGUCAAUUCCUACCAAUGUUUCUGCAAUGCUGGCUAUACUGGCUCACGCUGUGGAGCAGACGUCAACGAGUGCGAGAGUAACCCUUGCCAGAAUGGCGCAGGAUGUGAGAACCAAUUGAAUAGAUUUGUAUGCCACUGUCCAGCAGGUUACACAGGAAUAACCUGCGCAAAUGAUAUUUUGGACUGCCUAUCCAACCCAUGUCAGAACGGUGGUCGUUGUGUGGAUGGAGUCAACAGCUACACCUGUGAUUGUACUGGUGAUUAUGCUGGGCUUAACUGUGAAAUCCAUAUUGGCUGCAAUGUGAACUUCCAGUUGACUCAGUGUGGUCACCAGACGCUGAAUUCCCCCAACUAUCCCGCCAGCUAUGACCCUAGUCAGAACUGUGCCUGGGGCUUCCAGACAGUUUCUGGGAAUCCCAUGAGGGUCAUCUUCACUGACUUCUCCACGGAAAUGGAGUAUGAUCUGGUCAGAGUAGGCAACGGGAUAACUUCGGGUGUGGGUACCUUUAGCACGUUUGCUGGCGAGAGUUUACCAGAUUUGUUUACUACUGUUGGCAAUUCAUUCUGGAUGACGUUUGUUACUGACGGCACAAAGCAGCAACGAGGGUUCAGCGUGGAUGUCCAAGACACUUGCUACACUGGUACCCAGUUCCCCUGCCGAUCCAAUCCAUGUAUCAAUGGAGGGACCUGCCUAACUCAGGCAGACGACACAUAUCGGUGUGCUUGCGUCACUCCCUACGUUGGGCUGCAGUGUCAAUCCGAUUCAACUUCCAUCUGUGGCUCCAACCCAUGCAUGAAUGGGGGCACUUGUGUUGCAAACAAUGAUUUGAGCUAUACGUGUCUGUGUCUAAGCAACUACAUGGGAGCUAGAUGUCAAAACCCAAGAACAGCCUGCAGCAGUAACCCAUGCAACAAUGGAGGCACCUGCCAAAUCACAUCCAAUGGCUACAGUUGUCAGUGUGUUUCACCCUACAGUGGUCUCCAGUGCGCUGACCGACCAUGUGGCAGUAGUCCAUGCUUCAAUGGACAGCCUUGCAUUGAUAAUGAUGCCACAAGCUAUACGUGUCAGUGUAAUACAAACCUAUUCUUUGGUGAUCGCUGCCAAUUCCAAGUGCCUUGUGCUAGCAGUCCUUGCCUGAACCAAGGCACCUGCACCAACGAUCUCCAGACCAACUCCUAUCAGUGUCAAUGCCCAGUGUCUCAUGAGGGAGACCGGUGCCAGACUCCAGUUGAUCUGUGCGCAGAUGCCCCGUGUAUUAACGGUGGUACCUGCAGUCAGACCAGUGCUACGACUCUGUCCUGUGCCUGCGCUGAUGGCUACUCCGGCCCCUUCUGUCAAUCAGUCAAUGAAUGUCUCCUCAACACUCCAUGUCAGAAUGGCGCGGCGUGCUCCGAUACACCAGACUCCUACGUCUGUACUUGCACUGGGCAGUACACGGGCCAGAACUGCGAGUAUUUGUCUUGCGUCACCAACAAUUGUGAGAACCAGGCUACAUGUGUGACCAGCGGCAGCAGCAACAUCUGUCUCUGUCAGGAUGGCUUCGAAGGCGUCUUCUGCCAAAAUGACAUCAACGAGUGCCUGAGUAAUCCAUGUGGUAGUAACGAGGUUUGCCGUAACACCCAGGGUUCCUACAUGUGCACCUGCCCAGAUGGACUUGCUGGAACAAACUGUGAUGAAGAUAUCAAUGAAUGUAAGAGCAACCCAUGUCGUAAUGGCGGCACUUGUCUGAACGGACAGAACAUGUACACAUGCCAGUGCAACCCAGACUACUCCGGAAAGAACUGUGAAGUGUAUGAUCCUUGUAAGAGCAGUCCCUGCCUGAAUGGGGCUUCAUGUGUCAAUGCCGUCACUACGUACACCUGCAACUGUGUGGGAACAUUCAGCGGCAAAAACUGCGAAACGGAGACUGGAUCCUCUGGGGCCUUUGGUAGUCUUCAACUCCAACCGUAUUGGAUCGCUAUCAUCGUAGGCGGUGUUCUCCUAGUUAUCUUUCUCAUCGUGGUGGUUGCUGUUGUCUACAACAGCUGCAAGCCUAGACGUGACAAGUACCUCCAUCGUGUGGAUUCUGAGUCCCUCGGCAAGCACCAUCGUUAUAACUACGAUGCAGAAGAGGCCACGCGCAUGCAUGGCGCGGACGAGCUGGAACAUGAGACCGCCCUCAACCAUUCCAUCCACAAGCGUGAGCGUGGCAGCCCUGAAAACAACAACUAUGGGUUUAUGCCGCGCAACGGUAGCAGGUAUGAGGACGAUGACGAACCCAAUUGGGUGAUGUUGAUGAACGGCUUGGCAAACCAUGACAAGAAGACACCACUCAAAAGGUCUACUGUUGCAGAAAUUAACAGCUAUGAGAACCCCUGGCCUGUCAGCACGGAGGAAUUUGAGCCGCCUAGAACAACAUUAUAGGAAGACACUACCUUCGUAUUAUCACUGCUUUGUCAUUCACUAAGAUUGAGGCUGUAAAAGUUUUCAAGUUGGCUUUCAGUGCUUAAGUAUCUUUCGGUGAAGUUUAGAAAUUCUUUUUAAAAGAUAACCAAGAUUUUAUGGGCCAUUCCGAUCAGCCUCUUCAAAUAGAAAAAAAGAAGAGUUUCAGAUUUUGGGAAGUGGCUGAAUAAACUUGGAAUCUUGCUGAAUUUCUUUUUUGAUUGGACCAACCGGGGAUUCCUAGUACACAGAUUGAAGCACAAGAACAAAAUGUUUUGCAAAACGGCUAAUUAAUUAUGUCUUGGCAGUUUUUGUGUUAACAGUUUUCAUUAUUACAAUAUUAUACUCGGAUGUAAAAGCUGAGAGUAAGUGAAUAGUGCUUGAAUAAUUGGCAAUGCAGGUUAGUGCCUUUUGUGGAACAAAUUUUGAACUGAAAAAAA